AUGGAUCCAGUUGUGGUUCUGGUGCUCUGUGUCUCCUGUUUGCUUCUGCUUUCACUCUGGAGACAGAGCUCUGUGAGAAGGAAGCUCCCACCUGGCCCUACUCCCCUGCCAAUUAUUGGAAAUAUCCUGUAUUUAGGUUUUAAGAACUUGAAAACAUCCUUCAACAAUUUCUCAAAAGUCUAUGGCCCUGUGUUCACUGUGUAUUUUGGCACGAAGCCUGUGGUGGUGUUGCAUGGAUAUGAAGCAGUGAAGGAAGCCCUGAUUGAUAUGGGAGAGGAGUUUUCUGGAAGAGGUAGUUUCCCAGUGGUUGAAAGAGUUAAUAAAGGACAUGGAAUCAUUUUCAGCAAUGGAAAGAGAUGGAAGGAGACUCGGCGCUUUUCGCUCAUGACCCUGCGUAAUUUUGGGAUGGGGAAGAGAAGCAUCGAGGACCGUGUUCAAGAGGAAGCCCGCUGCCUGGUGGAGGAGCUGAGAAAAACCAACGCUUCACCGUGUGAUCCCACUUUUAUCCUUGGCUGUGCUCCCUGCAAUGUGAUCUGCUUCAUUAUUUUCCAGAAUCGUUUUGAUUAUAAAGAUCAGAAUUUUCUUAACUUGAUGGAAAAAUUCAGUGAAAAUAUCAGGAUUCAAACCUCCCUAUGGAUCCAGGAAAAGCACAUUAAGCAGUCUGAAUUUACUAUUGAAAACUUGGUAACCAUUGCACGUGAUUUAUUUGUUGCUGGCACAGAGACCAGAAGCACCGAUCUGAGAUAUGGACUCCUGCUCUUGCUGAAGCACCCAGAGGUCAGAGCUAAAGUUGAGGAUGAGAUUGACCAUGUGGUUGGCAGACAGCAGAGCCCCUGCAUGCCGGACAGAAGCUGAAUGCUCUACACAGAUGCCGUGGUGCAUGAGAUCCAGAGAUACAUUGACCUCGUCCCAACCAAUGUACCUCAUGAAGUGACCUGUGACAUUAAAUUCAGAAACUACCUCAUCCCUAAGGGCACAACCAUAUUUCCAUCACUGACCUCGGUCCUACACGAAGACAAAGAAUUCCCCAACCCAGAGAUGUUUGACCCUGGACACUUUCUGGAUGAGAGUGGCAACUUUAAGAAAAGUGACUACUUCAUGCCUUUCUCAGCAGGCAAACGAAUUUGUGUGGGAGAGAGCGUGGCCUGCGUGGAGCUUUUUAUAUUCCUGACCACCAUUUUAUAGAACUUUAACCUGAAAUCUCUGGUUGACCCAAAGGACCUCGAUAUCACCCCAGCCAUUAGUGGAUCCUUUUCUUUGCCACCCUCGUACCGGAUCUGCUUCAUUCCUGUGUGA